CCCGGCCCAGGGACGCGCGGCCGAAGCAUGGCCGACCUCGACACGCUACUAGCCACGGCGCCCGCCGGCUCCAAGGACGCUUCACAAAAACAAACACACGCGGACCAGGUCUUCGCCGCGCUCGACAAGAUCGCCGACUCGAAAAUCGACGUCACGAUCGACGCGAUGACGCCCGAUCAUGGUGAUGUGCUCCUCAAGUACGUCUACAAGGGCCUGGAGACGCCGUCGGACCGCACGGCGAAGCUCUUUAUGUGGCAGGCGAAGCUCGCGGAGAAGUUCGGCGUCGGGUCCAUAGUAAGGGUGCUCUCGGACCGGAAGACUGUGUAAGUAUGACUAAUGGAGUAGUACCUCGCCGACGGCGCGAUGAGGGCCUACAGCAGUAGAUGAAU